GUGGCGGCGCACCCGGCCCCGGCCCUCCUUCCGGCUGGGCAAGGGGCCACCGGGAGCUGCUUCUGAAGCAGCCGAGCAGUGCCGAGGGAGCCGGCGCGCUGCUCGAUCCGGGAGCCGGGCUAGGGUCCCACGGGCCCGAGGAACAAGAGCGGACGGAUCCAGAGCGGGAGCCGGAAGAGAAGGGUAGGGGCCGUGGCCUUCUUGUGGGCACCGCUGGAGGUGAGACUGAGCCGCAACCAACUCUUUACAGCCUGCAAAUCGAAGAGAUGCCUGGGACAAGGAGGCCACAUUCUCAGGGCAAAAGGAAAAGGAGGUGACAGGCGUUGAGACCACUGAAGGGAAUCGAUGGCUAGGAUCAGUUUUUCCUACCUCUGCCCAGCCUCCUGGUACUUCACGGUGCCCACAGUGAGUCCAUUUCCCCGUCAGCGAGUAGCAUUCCUGGUACUCUUCUUCAUAUCCUGUCUCCUUUUGCUUAUGCUAAUCAUGGACUUUCGACAUUGGGGUGUUUCAUUGCCACGAGACAGGCAAUAUGAAAGGUAUUUGGCUCGAGUGGGGGAUCUGGAAGCUACUGACACUGAAGAUCCAAAUCUGAAUUAUGGACUUGUUGUGGACUGUGGCAGCAGCGGCUCCCGGAUCUUUGUUUAUUUCUGGCCAAGACACAAUGGGAACCCUCAUGACUUGCUGGACAUCAAACAGAUGAGAGACCGCAACAGCCAACCAGUGGUUAAAAAAAUUAAGCCAGGAAUCUCUGCAAUGGCAGACACUCCAGAACAUGCUAGCGAUUACCUUCGUCCUCUGCUGAGCUUUGCUGCUGCUCAUGUGCCUGUGAAGAAGCACAAGGAGACCCCCCUUUACAUCCUAUGCACAGCAGGCAUGAGGCUUCUUCCCGAGAGGAAGCAGUUGGCCAUCUUGGCUGACCUAGUGAAAGAUUUACCUCUGGAAUUUGACUUCCUCUUUUCACAGUCUCAGGCAGAAGUGAUCUCUGGGAAGCAGGAAGGGGUUUAUGCAUGGAUUGGAAUCAACUUUGUUUUGGGAAGAUUCGAUCAUGAGGAUGAAUCAGAUGCUGAGGCUCCCCAGGAACUGGCAACAGGACGCAAAAGGACAGUGGGGAUACUGGAUAUGGGAGGAGCCUCUCUCCAAAUUGCUUAUGAAGUUCCUACCUCAGCCUCUGGCCUUUCUCCAAAACAGGAAGAAGCUGCCAAGAUCCUGCUGGCUGAAUUCAACCUGGGCUGUGAUGUACAACACACCGAACAUGUGUACAGGGUUUACGUCACAACCUUUCUGGGUUUUGGUGGCAACUUUGCCCGGCAGCGCUACGAAGACCUUGUGCUGAAUGAAACUCUUAACAAAAACAGGUUGCUGGGCCAGAAGACAGGCCUGAGUCCUGAAAACCCAUUUCUGGACCCGUGCCUGCCUGUGGGACUCACAGAUGUGGUAGAGAGGAACAGCCAGGUCCUGCAUGUUCGAGGAAGAGGAGACUGGGCAACUUGUGGGGCCAUGCUGAGCCCCCUGUUGGCUCGCUCCAACACCAGCCAAGCCUCGCUGAACGGCAUCUACCAGUCACCAAUUGACUUCAAUAACAGCGAGUUCUAUGGUUUCUCUGAGUUUUUUUACUGUACAGAGGAUGUGUUGCGCAUCGGUGGCCGCUACCAUGGGCCAACAUUUGCCAAGGCUGCUCAGGAUUACUGUGGCAUGGCUUGGUCAGUACUAACUCAGAGAUUCAAGAAUGGCCUUUUUUCAUCACAUGCAGAUGAGCAUCGACUCAAAUAUCAGUGUUUUAAAUCAGCCUGGAUGUACCAAGUCCUUCAUGAAGGAUUCCACUUUCCCUAUGACUACCCUAACCUACAGACAGCCCAGCUGGUAUAUGACCGAGAAGUUCAGUGGACGCUGGGAGCCAUUCUGUAUAAAACACGAUUCUUACCACUCAGGGAUCUACGGCAAGAGGGUGUCCGACAAGUCCAUGGUAGCUGGUUCCGUCUUUCCUUUGUCUACAACCACUAUCUCUUCUUCGCCUGCAUCCUGGUGGUGCUACUGGCCAUCAUCCUCUACCUUCUGCGGCUACGCCGAAUUCACCACCGGCAAGCUCGAGCCUCAGCUUCACUGGACUUGCUGUGGAUCGAAGAGGUGGUACCCAUGAUUGGAGUACAAGUGGAGCCCUGAGGCCGGACCAAGACUAAAGAAGUCUGACUACCCCAGAGUUGCUGCUCAUUGAGUUUCACCAUUUGCUUGUACUGGCUUCAGAUGCUGCUUUGCCUGACCUUGUGGCUAUUUGGCCUUGGAAUUUCUACUUUAAUUACUUCUAAGUACCCCAGGACCUCUUCUCUGAGAGAAGCUAUAAUGUGGUCUGGAAAGAACCAAAUAGAUGAGAGAUUGGUGCUAACAAAGGGGACCAACCUUAGAUCAAUCAAGACAUGUUCUACUCCUUUAUCUGAGAGGUCUGGUGUGUUUCUGGGAUCUAGCCUUUUCUUCCCUUGCUAAAGCAUAAAGUUUGGCAUUGGGCACACUGGAAGCCUGAUUAAAACCAAACUUGGAGCAUCUGAUACCAAGCCAGAGACACCUUAGGAAGUGCAGCAGCCCCUUCUUUCUCUGUAACAGAGAUAUAAUUUAUGUGGAGAUCCAUAGCCUUUAAUAGGGUUCUAAGACCUUUGCAGUUCAGUGGACCAGAUAAGAAUUUCCAAGCAACCAAAAUCGCAUAGCUUCUUUUCUUAUUGACAAAGAAGCCAUUGUGUGUGUGCCCCAAGAUCCCUGACAUAGUAUUCCUGAUGUUGGUAUGUGAUUUAAAAAGGCUAGAAUCCUUUCUAAAUGAAUGGUCCAUUGAUGAUUUUGACAAUAUCUUAUCUGAUGCCUAGUAUGACUAGGAUAGAAAUUUUUCCAUGUCUAUGUGCCCCACAGGCUGUUCGGGCAUUAACUUUUCUUUUUUUUUUUUUUUGAGCCUUAAUUGUGCUUGUAGGAUGGAAAAGCUGUGAUGGGGACUGGGUCCUGGGUUUGUCUGCUUUCGGGUCACUGUCCCUUAGACCUAUUUUUAUGAGCCCCUACAGGGGGCUUAAAAAAGAGUUCCUUUUAUUACACUGCUAAGAUCAGUGUGUAGUUUGGGAAGGGAUGUAUUUGGGUUGUUUUUAAAGAAAGGAAGAGCAGUAUCAGGAGAGUGGGCAAAAGCAAUAAAAUUAAAGUUCCUAUUUCUUUUUUUUUUGAGAAAUAGAAAUUUUCUCAAUAUCUGACUCUUGGAAUGUCUGAAGGGAACAAGCUCUACAUUUUGGAAUAGAUAAAUCUGUUAAUAAGCCACCUGGAAACUUUAAGGACCUCUGUUAAGAGAUUACUCAGUCAUAAACAGUACUUCCACUAAUGAGGGGAGAGGAAAAGCCAUAAUAAUUACAUUUUCAUCCAUUCUCCUUCAGGAGCUUUGCUCCUCCUCCACAUUUAGCCUUUAAAUUGCGUGAGGAUUUUUCUUUCAUCAGCUCUUGCCUCCCGCCCUGGAGUCUCCUUUAUGUUUUACCCGUUCCGACAUGUGGCUUUGCCUGUCCUGCCCAUGACUGCUCCCAGAGUUGAAGUAGCUUUCUUUUGGUCACCUUUGAUUUCUAGGGUUGAGUAGGGAAAAGGGUCCCUGACUUUAAGGAAAAAAUAAUGGAAUUCUUGAAAAAUAAAUCCCAUACUGGGAAUAAAAAGGAACGAAAUGCUUCCUAAAACAAAGAAAAAGAAAUCAAGGUCCUGUUAGAAACAAACUGAGAGGAAAACAAGUGUACUGACUCUCGGUUAGUAGGUAAAAGGGUGACAAGUCUUGUCUUCACAUUAGAUAAAAAGUGCAUCUAGCAUAGGUUAUUAUGGUUUCCUUUGGAUAUAUUUCUUUUGGUUUCACUAGGGCUUAUGUCACAGCUAUUCCCUUUAAUUUUCAAGACUUUUAAUUUGCCUUUUCUUAUUAUCUUUGUGUCACUAUGAGGGGAUCCUCACUUGAAUGAAUGCUGCUUAUAAAUAAUGUCAAAAUAUGUUUUUGCUCACCAUUGCCUACUCAGGUAACUUUCUUUUUCCCUCACCUUGGUUUCCAAAUAUUAUUUUUGGUUUUCUUGUGAGGGAAUGAUCUAGUCAAAAGAUACCUGACUGACAACCACUGAUCACAUUCUUGCGCUCAAAAUGAAGUUGUGGUGGUGAAGAGGUGGUGAUUAGUCCAACUGAAAGCUCUUAGUAGGAAAGUUGUAAUAGGAACAGCUACCAUUUGUUAAGCAGUUCUUCUGCACCACUCUGUUAAGAAUUUUGUGUAUUAUUUAAUCAUUGCGACAACCUUUCAGAUUGAUAUUACUGUGUUCUUUUUUAGCUGAGAAACUCAGGAUGCCUACAUUUAUAAUUUUUUCAAUAUAAAUGUCUUUCUUUUU